CCACAGAGCUCAGGACAGGGCUGAGGAACCAUGUCUCCAUCCCCGACCGCCCUCUUCUGUCUUGGGCUGUGUCUGGGGCAUGUGCCAGCGCAGACAGAACUGCUGCCCAAGCCCUCCCUCCAGGCUCUGCCCAGCUCCCUGGUGCCCCUGGAGAAGCCAGUGACCCUCCGGUGCCAGGGACCCCCGGGCGUGGACCUGUACCGCCUGGAGAAGCUGAGUUCCAGCAGGUACCAGGAUCAGGCGGUCCUCUUCAUCCCGGCCAUGAAGAGAAGUCUGGCUGGACGCUACCGCUGCUCCUACCAGAACGGAAGCCUCUGGUCCCUGCCCAGCGACCAGCUGGAGCUCGUCGCCACCGGAGUUUUUGCCAAGCCCUCGCUCUCAGCCCAGCCCGGCCCGGCGGUGUCCUCAGGAGGGGACGUGACCCUACAGUGUCAGACCCGGUAUGGCUUUGACCAAUUUGCUCUGUACAAGGAAGGGGACCCUGCGCCCUACAAGAAUCCUGAGAGAUGGUACCGGGCUAGUUUCCCCAUCAUCACGGUGACCGCUGCCCACAGCGGAACCUACCGGUGCUACAGCUUCUCCAGCAGGGACCCAUACCUGUGGUCGGCUCCCAGCGACCCCCUGGAGCUCAUGGUCACAGAAUUCUCAGAAGCCACCACUGAACUGACCGUCUCAUUCACAAACAAAGUCUUCACAACUGAGACUUCUAGGAGUAUCACCGCCAGUCCAAAGGAGUCAGGCUCUCCAGCUGGUCCCGCCCGCCAGUACUACACCAAGGGCAACCUGGUCCGGAUAUGCCUCGGGGCUGUGAUCCUAAUACUCCUGGCAGGGUUUCUGGCAGAGGACUGGCACAGCCGGAGGAAGCGCUUGCGGCACAGGCUCAGGGCUGUGCAGAGGCCGCUGCCGCCCCUCCCGCAGACCCGGAAAUCACACGGGGAUCAGGAUGGAGGCCGACCGGAUGUUCACAGGCGCGGGUUAUGUUCCUGACCACUGAACCCCAGGCAUGGUCGUAUCCAAGGGACGAAUCAUGGCAUGGGAGGCGGCUCAAAGACUGUGGCGUGUGCGGAGCAUGGGAGCAGGAGGGCAGAGGCUACAGCUGUGGAAAGGAGGCCAUGCUGCCUCCUCCUGGUGUUCCAUCAAGGAGCCGUUCAGCCAGUGUCUGUCUGUCUGGCUCUCUGUCUGAGGGCACCCUCCAUUUCGGAUGGAAGGAAUCUGUGGAGACCCCAUCCUCCUCCCUGCACACUGUGGAUGACACGGGACCCUGGCUGGACCACAGACUGGCCUCUUUCUUCAACCUUCUCUAAUACGGGCUCCAGACGGACCUCAAACGUUCCCAGCUCUCAGGGCUGACUCUGUUCCAUCCUCUGUGCAGAACCCUCCCGUGCUUCCCCUUGGCCCUCUGUGCUCUUGUCUGGUUUUCCCCCAGAAACUCUCACCCUCACUCCAUCUUCCACUGCAGUCUAACAAAUCUCCUUUUGUCUCUCAGAAUGGGCCGUGCAGGCAGUUUGGGUAUGUCAUUCAUUUUCGUUAGUAUAAAACUAGCAUGUUGCCCUCUUCCCUUCACAUCAGAAAACAACAUCAGCCUGCGCAACAUGGUGAAACCCCAUCUCUACCAAAAAAAACAAACAUUAGCCAGGUGUGGUGGUGCAUCCCUAUUCUCCCAGCACCUCAGGGGGCAGAGGUGGGAGAACGGCUUGAGCCUGGGAGGCAGAGGUUGCAGUGAGCUGAGAUCACACCACUGCACUCCAGCCCGGGUGACAAAGCCCGACCAUGUGUCAAAAAACCAGUGAUGAAUAUGCUAAUUACUCUGAUUUGAUCAAAACACAUUGUAUACAUGUAUUGAAAUAUUGCUGUCUACCCCAUAAAUAUGUACAAUUAUGUAUACAUUUUUAAAAUAAUAAAAAUAAAAUAAGAUAAUGCACCAUCUCCACCCCUCUCAUAUUUACUUUCUGAAGGAAAUGUUAGGUCUUCUCAAAGUAAAGUUCUAUACUUACUAUAGCUUUAGGUAUUUCUUGACCAUCUAAUGCGUGUAAAACUGUACCACUGGGUCGGGUGCAGUGGAUCAUGUCUGUAAUCCUAGCACUUUGGGAGGCAGGAGGAUCACUUGAGCCCAGGAGUUCAAGACCAGCCUGGGCAACAUAGUGAGAUCCCAUCUCUACUUAAAAUAAAGAAGAUAAAAAUUUUUUUUAAA